CAAAAUCACCAACUCCAAACAACAAAACUAGUUGCUACAACCAUUUGAUCAGGUGAGAAAACACAGCAGCAGCGAGAAGAUGAGCAGGCAAGGAGACUGGAUGUGUGGAGCGUGCCAGCAUCUGAAUUUCUCGAAGCGCGACACGUGCCAGCGGUGCGGGUGCCCCAAGUACGCCGGAGCGGCGGAGGUGGCGGCGUACGGCGGCGCAUUGCAGAAGAGCGAGGUUUUGGCGGGAGACUGGUAUUGUGGCGCCAUGAACUGCGGCGCCCACAACUACGCCAGCAGGACCACCUGCUACAGGUGCUGCGCCUCCAAAGAUUAUUGCGGUUAUGACGCCCGAAUUAUGGCCCCGGCAGGCUACGCCGUCCCCGGCUGGAAAACCGGCGACUGGAUCUGCUCCAGAGUUGGAUGCGGCAUGCAUAAUUAUGCUAGCAGGAUGGAGUGCUAUAAAUGCCACACGCCUAAAGAUUAUGGUAAAUUACUUACGCUAUUAUGCAAACAAUCUAUUGUUUGAUGUUUCUCUUCAUAUUUUGGUUAUUUAUCUCUUUUUUUCUUAUUUUCCCUUUUCAGGAGGAGCAAUGUGAGGAUUAUCACUGGAUCACACCUAGUGCUGCAACUCUUUAAUUUUUUUUUCUCGGAUUUUUGUCUUCAUUUGUUUUUCCUCCUUUCUUAGUAGGAUUUAAUUAGUGACUGGUUUUGGUGACUGAUUUUGUUUUCACAUAUUUCAUCUCAAAAUGUUGCUACCAUGGAUGGAUUCUUAAUGAAAUCUCUUCGCCUUUUCCUCCA